AUGUCGAGCAAAGCAGGCUGGGAUUCGUUGACUGGCAUUGCCACGUUGCUGUUUGAUGGCAAUCUGGUUGCCAUCGCCAUUGCUAUUAUCUUCACUUUCGGGGUCCCAAUCACAUUGCACCUGAUCUUCUUCCAAGCUGUUGCAUCUCCGCCCUCAAGCAACUUCCUGCUCCUGGGACCCAGCGGAGCUGGUAAAACGGCUUUCACAACCUUGCUCGAGGCAAAAUCAUCCCCCGCCUCGAAGAAGUCGCAAAGCACCCACACCUCUCAACAAUCGACCUUGGUGACUGUUAGCCUGCCACCCGAUGUCCCUACAGCUUCCAAUCGGUAUCGCUCGGUCAACGAUCCCUCCUUGAAGGAGGCCGCGCGGAACCCAAUCAAGUACCGUGUAAGGGAUACCCCUGGCCAUGGCAAGCUCCGUGUCUCGCAGGGGCUGUCGGAGCUCCAGGCUAUGGCCCAGUCCAAGGACAUUAAGACCCGGUUACGGGGUGUAGUCUUCAUGGUUGAUACUGCCGCCCUGGUGGACGAAGCGACACUCCGCGACACCGCUACCUAUCUACACGAUGUCCUUCUUGUCCUCCAGAAGCGGGCUAAGAACGGAUCAUCCAGCAAGCGGACCACGGAGAUUCCUGUCCUGGUCGCUGCGAACAAGCAGGACCUGUUCACGGCUCUUCCCCCAGGCUCGGUAAAAGAGAAGCUGGAGGCCGAGAUUGAUCGCAUCCGCAAGUCGAAGAACAAGGGUCUUCUGGAUGCAAGUGCGGACAGUACCUUGGAUGACGAUGAGGAGAUUCUCGGCAAUGACGAUCUUGAAUCCUUCAGCUUCAAGCUGCUGGAACACGAGGUUGGCGUCAAGGUCGAGGUGGUUGGCGGUGCCGUCAAGGGUGAUCAGCAAGAGGAAUAUGGCUCUGGAGUGCGUCGCUGGGAAGAGUGGAUUGGCAUGUGCCUGUAA